UAAUUAGCAUAUUAUUACUUCUAAAGUUGAGCGCCGAACAGCAGAUUGAAUGCCAGUCUACGAAUUAUUUUCAAACAAGAAUGGUAUGCUUUCUACACAGCUCAUCUGGACAGUUAUGUAAAAGGUCUUGCAAUUAACACAGCUUAAUACUACUUAGUACUACUUAGAACAAGGCAAUACAUAUCGGGAUUUGGGGCUAUUGCAAGAAUCAAAGACAUAUUACGUUAUAAAAGACCACACCAACUAUACAGUAGCUGAGUACCGUGAAAACAAUUCAUCGAUGUGUUCUAUCAUAAACAUCUUUCGGCGUCGGAAUCGCGACUCCUUACCUAUAGACUCCAUAUUUAUAGACUCCUUUCCAGAUUUAGAUUACGACAAAGACAGCCUUUCGACACCAUGUGCAUAUCCAUCGGAGCAUACCAUGAGCAACUUGGACUCUACACAUUCAUCGAUGUGUUCUAUCAUAAACAUCUUUCGGCGUCGGAAUCGAGCGCAAAGGCAGGAUGCGGAAAGGCCGAUGGUUGGCUAUAAAAUUCCACGUGCUGUAUCGUUCGGAUACGAUCCAGAAAUAGAUGACCCCAAAUACAGCUCUUCGACACCACUGUAUUCACUAAUUCUAUCGGAUAUCUUGGAUAUAACAACAGCUUCGUAUGGUGAAAAUUCUCCGUCGGUAGCUGAAGCCUCAGAAUAUUUGAGUAACCCAUCUUAUAGCACUAGUGAUAGCGCGGUCACAAUCUGCACAACGGAAUAUAACGCAAAGUUGCGGCAUGAUAAAGGGAAAAAAAUGCACUGGCAUGUUGGUGAGGAUUGUACUGCUGAAGAAAG